GAUGAGGAGGCGGAGGUCGGCGCUCGGGUCCGUCUCUGCCCGCGGCUGUGGCGGCGCCGGCGGCUCCAGCCUUAGCGGUUCCUCCCUGGGCGGCGGCGGCGGCGGCUCGGUCGACGCCUCCUCCGCCAGCUGAGCCCGCGGGAGCCCGGGACGCCGGCCGCCCGCCCGCCCCGCUCCGCGAGGCCGCCGCCCGGCCAUGGCGCAGCCGGGCCCGGCUCCUCAGCCCGACGUUUCUCUUCAGCAACGGGUAGCAGAAUUGGAAAAAAUUAAUGCAGAAUUUUUACGUGCACAGCAGCAGCUUGAGCAAGAAUUUAAUCAAAAGAGAGCAAAAUUUAAAGAGUUAUAUUUGGCUAAAGAGGAGGACCUGAAGCGGCAGAAUGCAGUGUUGCAGGCGGCGCAGGACGACCUGGGGCAGCUGCGGACGCAGCUGUGGGAAGCCCAGGCAGAGGUGGAGAACAUCAAGGCCAUCGCCACGGUCUCUGAGAACACCAAGCAGGAAGCAAUCGAUGAAGUGAAAAGACAGUGGAGAGAAGAGGUUGCCUCGCUCCAGGCUGUGAUGAAAGAGACCGUCCGCGACUACGAGCACCAGUUCCACCUCAGGCUGGAGCAGGAGCGAGGCCAGUGGGCGCAGUACCGGGAGUCCGCGGAGAGGGAGAUAGCCGAUUUGAGGAGGAGGCUGUCCGAAGGCCAAGAGGAGGAGAAUCUAGAAAAUGAGAUGAAAAAGGCUCAAGAGGAUGCUGAAAAGCUUCGGUCUGUUGUGAUGCCCAUGGAGAAGGAAAUCGCGGCUCUGAAAGACAAACUGACAGAGGCUGAAGACAAGGUUAAAGAGCUGGAGGCCUCAAAGGUUAAGGAACUGAAUCAUUAUCUGGAAGCUGAGAAAUCUUGCAGGACUGACCUGGAGAUGUACGUAGCUGUUCUGAAUACUCAGAAAUCCGUUUUACAGGAAGAUGCCGAGAAACUGCGGAAGGAAUUGCAUGAAGUGUGCCAUCUCUUGGAGCAAGAGCGACAACAGCACAACCAGCUGAAACACACGUGGCAGAAGGCCAAUGACCAGUUUCUGGAGUCUCAGCGUCUGCUCAUGCGGGAUAUGCAGCGCAUGGAGAUCGUGCUCACGUCCGAACAGCUGCGGCAGGUGGAAGAGCUGAAGAAGAGAGAUCAGGAGGAAGACGAACAUCAGAGAUUUCACAAGAGGAAGGACCAUGACAGAACAGAGGUUGAGGAGGAGGCAAAAGCCCCAGCUGUGUGUGCUUUCGCACACGAGGAGUCUUCAGCCCAGCUGUCGAAUGAGGAGGAGCAUUUAGAUAGCACCCACGGGUCAGUCCACUCGCUGGAUGCGGACUUACUGUUGCCGUCUGGAGACCCGUUCGGUAAAUCGGACACGGACAUGUUUAAAGACGGACUCAGGAGAGCACAGUCUACCGACAGCUUGGGAACCUCAGGCUCACUGCAAUCCAAAGCUUUAGGCUAUAACUACAAAGCAAAAUCUGCCGGAAACCUGGACGAAUCAGAUUUUGGACCGUUGGUUGGAGCAGAUUCGGUGUCUGAGAACUUUGAUACUGCCUCCCUUGGGUCACUGCAAAUGCCAAGUGGGUUUAUGCUAACCAAAGAUCAGGAGAGAGCAAUCAAGGCCAUGACACCUGAGCAAGAGGAGACCGCAUCUCUCCUCUCCAGUGUCACCCAGGGCGUGGAAAGUGCUUAUGUGUCCCCCAGUGGUUACCGCCUGGUCAGUGAGACCGAAUGGAACCUCCUGCAGAAAGAGGUACAUAACGCGGGAAAUAAACUUGGUAGACGUUGCGAUAUGUGCUCCAAUUAUGAGAAACAGUUACAAGGGAUUCAGAUUCAGGAGGCUGAGACCAGAGACCAGGUGAAGAAACUGCAGGCGAUGCUGAGGCAGGCGAACGAGCAGCUGGAGGGGACGGCGAGAGAACGGCUGGAGCUGGAGGGCGCUCUGAGCCGCAGCGCCCAGGACGCCGGCCACCAGAUCUCUGCACUUGUCCUAAGAGCCCAGGCGUCUGAGAUCUUACUUGAAGAGUUACAGCAGGGGUUUUCCCAGGCAAAAAGGGAUGUUCAGGAGCAGAUGGCGGUGCUGAUGCAGUCGCGGGAGCAGGUCUCAGAAGAGCUGGCGAGGUUACAGAAGGACAACGACAGUCUGCAGGGGAAGCAUAACUUGCAUGUGGCCCUGCAGCAAGCAGAAGACUUCGUUCUCCCAGAUGCUGCGGAGGCGCUGCGGGAGCUGGUCCUCAAAUAUCGAGAGAGCAUCGUGCACGUGCGCACCGCGGCCGAGCACACGGAGGAGAAGCUGAAGGCCGAGAUCCUGUUCCUGAAGGAGCAGAUCCAGGCGGAGCAGUGCUUAAAAGAGAACCUCGAGGAGACCCUGCAGCUGGAGAUAGAAAACUGCAAGGAGGAGCUCGCUUCCAUUUCUAGCCUAAAAGCUGAACUAGAGAGAAUAAAAGUAGAAAAGGGACAGCUGGAGGCCACCCUGGGAGAGAAGUCUCAGCAGCUCGAGGGCCUCCAGGAGAUGAAAAUCACUUUGGAGGAACAGUUAAGGAGAGAGGCUGCUGCUAAGGCGACUGUGGAGCAGCUCAUGUUCGAAGAGAAGAACAAAGCUCAGAGGCUGCAGACGGAGCUCGAUGUCAGUGAGCAAGUCCAGAGAGACUUCGUGAAGCUUUCUCAGACCCUUCAGGUGCAGCUGGAGCGGAUCCGGCAGGCGGGCUCCCUGGAGCGGAUCCGGGCGAUCCUCAACGACACCAAGCUGACGGACAUCAACCAGCUCCCCGAGACAUGACACCCGAGCAGGACGCCGGCCUGCACCCUGGGUUUUUAACUCCUCUUAGAGCAACAUUAAUUAUUUAACUCUUAACCGAAGAAGCCGCAAGAAAGGGAGCCCGGAGCGCUGCUUGCUUCUGGUGGGAGAGGACGCUGCGGCGUGGGAGACGUGCACGCAAGGACUUUCCCGUGGGGACAGACGGACACACUGGACUCGGGGGGGGUGGGGUCCGCUCGGUGACGGAGGAAGUGCUGCUUUAUCCGUUUUCCUGCCUUUAAAGCAACAUCCCAAUCGUGUUUGGAAUUACAUUUUCUGUUCCUAGAUAUUGGAAGAGAGCCUUUCCUGUUUCUGUUGUCUCGAGUUCACCAGUAACCGUGUUCAGCUAGCAGACAGAGGUGUAGUGUGCUGUAUGAGUAUUUUAUAUUAAAAUAUGAAGUUCGCGAGCAGGCCAUCGGCUAGGGGCCAUCGGCUAGGGAGUGUAUUGCUCAGCUCAGUGCAUUUUCUUUCUUUUUUACCAUUUUGUCUUGCGUUGGAGGACCUUCAAUGCGACCGAGACUUGCCUGAGACCUACAGGACGGAGGUGACACCACCGAUGCAGGCGCCGAAUCAGUCGUGGGACUGAGUGUGGCGGGGCGCCCUGCAUUGGAAGCCGAGGCUCAAGGAAAAGCACAAGAGACCGCGGAAGCACUUUUCUGCCCCCCUCCCCGGACGCGCUCUGCGGGCCCACAGGUACCAGGGUUAAGCCGAACGGGCACGUCUGCUCUUUUGAAAAACUGUUUUAGUUUAGUUAUUGGAUCAGUGGAGAAAAUAAUAUUAAUAAAACAAGCUAUGUCUGACAUCUAG